GUCAAAUUACAGGGCAGCGCCAUAUUGACAAUAGGCGGCUGUGUAUUAGGUGGAAAUGGAGGUUUUUUAAGUGUUAAGUUCCGUUCUCGCUACCGGCAAUGUUGAACGUUCUCAGAGAGUGCUCGAACGAGUGUCUAUAACUGCAGGUCGCCGCUACGCAGCCCCAUCGUUUGUAUAUUCCCGCGAAUCGUGUGCACCAGCGAACUAACAAGAAGCUCGUAGCGCCCGCUAAUCCCCUUAGCAGGUCAUCACAAGAGGCUUCUCUAAUCCCAUUAACGGACGCGGCGUGAAUGAAUAUCGUGGCCCCGGCGAGUAGUCCACGAUCAUGCAGUGUUGUCAGUCAGAUGAGGCUCGGGAACAGAAGAGAAUUAACGCCGAAAUCGAGAAACAACUCCGUCGAGACAAACGGGAUGCCAGACGGGAACUCAAAUUACUCCUUCUCGGAACUGGGGAGUCUGGGAAGUCGACAUUUAUCAAGCAAAUGCGAAUUAUCCACGGCGCCGGUUACUCGGAUGAGGAUAAGCGGGGCUUUAUCAAACUCGUUUACCAAAAUAUCUUCAUGGCCAUGCAAAGUAUGAUCAAGGCCAUGGAUCUCCUCAAGAUCCAGUAUGGAGAUUCAUCGAAUCAGGAAAAAGCGGAGUUGAUAAAGGGAAUUGAUUACGAAACCGUUACAACAUUCGAAAGUCCCUAUGUGGAAGCCAUUAAAGACCUUUGGGCUGAUGCUGGUAUUCAAGAAUGUUACGAUAGACGUAGGGAAUACCAACUUACAGAUUCCGCGAAAUAUUACCUUAGUGACCUGGAACGAAUUAAAGACCCCGAGUACUUGCCCACUGAGCAGGAUAUCCUGAGAGCAAGGGCACCUACGACGGGCAUCAUAGAAUAUCCUUUCGAUCUCGACUCGAUUAUCUUUAGGAUGGUAGAUGUAGGAGGACAGAGAUCAGAAAGAAGGAAAUGGAUUCACUGUUUCGAAAAUGUCACUUCCAUCAUCUUCUUAGUAGCUUUAAGUGAAUACGACCAGAUUUUAUUCGAAUCUGAAAAUGAAAACCGUAUGGAGGAAUCAAAGGCGCUUUUUAAGACAAUUAUUACCUAUCCCUGGUUCCAGCAUUCAUCUGUAAUACUAUUCUUAAAUAAAAAAGAUUUAUUAGAAGAAAAAAUUAUGUAUUCGCAUCUCGUCGAUUACUUUCCAGAAUACGAAGGUCCCCAACGAGAUGCCAUCGCAGCUAGGGAGUUUAUUCUGCGAAUGUUUGUAGACCUCAAUCCCGACAGUGAAAAAAUCAUAUACUCGCAUUUUACUUGUGCCACAGAUACGGAGAACAUCAAGUUCGUAUUUGCGGCAGUAAAAGACACAAUAUUACAGUCGAAUCUUCGCGAAUACAACCUGGUCUAGUACUACCCGUUUCCGAGGUGUUUUAUCGCUGAAGGUGCCCCGCCGGCCUACUUCCAGCCAAUCAUUCAGCCGCCGGGACCAAUUUUUCGAAAAAAAUAAAAAUAAAAAAAUGUGAUCUGUCCGCCACCGCCGCAAAUCGACCGGUCAGUUCUGUUGACGAAGUCGCGCCGAUGCGAGACGCGAGUCCGGUCCAUGCCCGAUCUCGAAAGACUGCUUUUGUCGCAUCAAAAAAUUUUGCACGUAAACUUUUUGAUAUGUCGUACGCGCGCCGAGGACGGCAUGGAACGGUACCGAACAGAGCCGGCUGUCAUUUUAGUCCACGGGUCUUUUUUUUAGAAAACUCCAAAUACAUGCAAAUUGAAAAAAAAA